AUGGCUAGUGUUGUACUGACUGUAUUUGCAGUGAUUCUAAGUGUCGAAUUCAUCAUUGGAAAUGCAGGCAAUGGAUUCAUAGCACUAGUGAACUGUCUUGACUGGGUCAAGGGAAGAAAGAUCUCUGCAGCUGAUCAACUCCUCACUGCUUUAGCAAUCUCCAGAAUUGGUCUGCUCUGGUAUAUAUUCUUCAGUGGGUUGCUUUCUGUGUUUUACCCAGCUUUACUUUUCACUGAAAAUCUGACAAGAUUGAGAUAUAUGACUUGGAUUGUGACAAAUCAUUUUAGCAUGUGGCUUGCUACAAGCCUCAGUAUCUUCUAUUUUCUUAAGAUAGCCAAUUUUUCUAACUCUACUUUUCUCUUCCUUAAGUGGAGAGUUGAAAACGUGAUCUUAGUGACACUAUUUAUGUCUUUUGUCCUCCUGAUUUUAAAUAUUGCAACGGCCAAUAUAUAUAUUGAUGUCUGGAUUGAAGUACAUAGGGGAAACUUGAGUUAUACUUUGAGCCACUCUGCACACUUAUUCGGGAAAUUUUUGUGCAUCGAAACAAUGUUUGUGAUGAUACCUUUCAGCUUGUCACUGGCAGCUUUCCUCCUGCUCAUUUUCUCCCUGUGGAGGCAUCUCACAAAGGUGCAGCUCAAUGCCACGGGAUCCAGAGAUACCAGCACCACAGCUCACGUAAGAGGCUUGCAGACGGUGAUCACCUUCCUUGCACUGUACACCAUCUUCUUCCUGGCUCUCCUCCUACAAACAUGGCACAUUUAUUUGCUGGAGAAACGUCUGAGCAUCCUCAUUUGCCAGAUUCUUGAGAUGUUUUAUCCUUCAGGACACUCCUGCUUCAUGAUUCUAGGGAACAACAAGCUGAGACAGGCCUCUCUGUCGGUGCUGCGGUGGCUGAGUGCAAACUCAGAGAUGCAGAUCCCUAGUUUCCAUCUACCAUUUAGGUGA